AUGGUUAUGGUUAACGUUGUGGUUACGGAAGGUGAUGAUUUGGGUUAUGGUUGGGGUUAUGGUUAUAUUGAGGUUAUGGUUAUGGGUAGGGUUAUGGUUAUGGUUAUGGUUACGGUUAAGGUUGUGGUUAUGAUCAUGGUUAUAGUUAUGGUUGUGGUUAGGGUUAUGGUUGUGGUUAUAAUAAUGGCUAUGGUCAUGAUUAAGGCCAUGGUUAUGGUAAUGGUUAUGGUUAUGUUGAAGGUUAUGGUUAUGGUAAUGUUUAUGGUUAUGGUUACGAUUUUGGUAAUGGUUAUGAAUAUGUUCAUAGUUAUGGCUAUGGUUAAGGUUGCGGCCAUGAUUAUGGCUAUGGCCAUGUUUACAGUUAAAUCCAUAAUUAGAGUUGCAGUUAUCGUGAUCAUUAUAGUUACCAGUUAA